CCACGUAAAAACUCCGUUUUCUCUCGCAGCCUAAACCAAUUUUCUAUGACGUAACGGCACUGCGUUUUCUCGUCGGAAAAAGGACAGAAACUAAAAUCAAUAUCACCAUAUACCUUCCGACACUCCAACAUACCGAGAAGCAGAGAGAUAGACGUUGGUUUAGAAAAUGUGCCUCCGCCACAUAGUUCGUUUAAAAACCAAAUUGUCGUUUAAAAUAAUCAUAAUGUAAAGUAGAAUAAGUUAGUGUAUAUAGACAAGCAAUGAAUUAGUACCUGAUACAUGUGAUUGUGAUAAUAUCUUCUUUCCAAGAUGUAUAAGAUCUUGGUAACUUUAGUGAUAUUAUUGAUAGCUAUUGCUACAGUAUCUAAAGCAGAAUGCCAAACGAGGCAAAUUUACUGUUACGAAUGCGAUUCUUGGUCAGAUAUGAGAUGUAAGGACCCUUUUAAUUACACAGCCCUGCCAAAGGACCAACCGCCACUCAUGACGUGUAAUGGAUGUUGUGUCAAAAUGGUCAGGAACGCCAAAUCACCAUAUGAAGUGGUUCGAAGGACGUGUACUUCCCAACUACAGAUCAACCUCUUCAUGGUCGACCAUGUGUGCAUGAUGGAAAGUAGCGGAACGGGUCACAUGUGCUUUUGUGAGGAGGACAUGUGCAACUCAGCACAAAAAACUGGUCCGCUAAGGACAGACACGGUUGUUUCGCUGCUGUUCCUCCCCUUAGUCUUGUUACUUUCACGCCUGUGCAUGAGGUAGAGAUUAUUUUAGAAACACUAGGCUGGUGAUGAUUAUUUUCUAUGCGUAGAAUAACCAAAUUAAUGUCAUCAGAUUCCCCUAUUUUCAAUUAAGUACAUUGCUUCAAAGUGAUAAACGGAUACGUAAAUGUAUGACCUGCGAAGAAUGGUACCUGCUAAACUAUACAUAUGACACUUUUAUGGCGGAAAUUUCAGUGCUACAUAAAUAACCAUUCCCAAAUAAUAAAGCACUCAAAAUCGAAACCAAAGUAAUAAUUUACGAAAUUUAUGUCAAUUAAACUAUUUAAGGAAAUACAGCUUUAGAUUUAAUUCGAUUCGGGGCCACCACCAUCGCCUGACCGAGGUUUUCGCUUUUCAGCGUCUUUGUGGUGUAUCCCAAAUUUAUUAUUUGAGAUUUAUUCCAAAUAAUUUAUUUUAACGUAUUAAAUAUCAAUAUAUUGAUUCUAAUUAUUGAGACAGUCACCAGAUGUCUGCACCAUUUCUUUCAGGGUUGCAAUGUCACGCGUAACUAAGAUAAAUUCAAAAUGCAUAGACACCAAGUUGGAUACGACCCUAUUCAUAACAUACCAACUCGCAUACAUAUUAAGAAAAAUAAAUAUAUAUGGAAGAAUAUAUUUAGAAAUUGAAUUUGAUGUCAUGCUACUAUACAUUAUACAUUUUAUAAUAGCAUGACAACAUUAAUUCAAUUUGUAAAUAUAUUCUUCCAUAUAUUUAUUUUUAAAGUGAAAACUUCUUUGGGGACGUUGUGCGAUUUUUUGGAUAGGAGAAAAAGCAUUGAAUUCGUUACCGUCAUCGCGACCGUCAUUGCAACCGUCGUCGCUUAUGCUAUAUAUUAUUUGUAUGUAUAUAUAAAUUGUGUAGAAGUAUUUAAAUUAACAGUAAAUGUAAAACCUAUUUUAGGAUGGGGAAAAAGGAUUUAUUUCGCGACCGUCAUCGCGACCGUCAUCUCUUCGACGAAAUUUUUGUACGUAUCUACAUUAUGUGUAUGUGUACAUAAAUUGUAUAGAAGUAUUUAAAUUUAAAAUAAAUGUAAAACCUAUUUUUGGAUGGGGAAAAAGGAUUUAUUUCGCGACGGUUUUAUUUAUAGGAUUUAAGGAUUUAUUUAUAUUUACUGAAGUGAAAACUUCUUUAGGGACGUUGUGCACUUUUUGGAUGGGAAAAUGUAUUAAAUUGGUGACCGUCAUCGCUUCGACGAAAUAAAUUUUUGAAGUGAAAAUUUCUUUAGGGACGUUGUGCACUUUUUAGAUGGGAAAAAAGUAUUGAGUUAGCGGCCGUCAUCGCUUCAAAGAAAUACAUUUUUGAAGUAAAAACUUCUUGAGGGACGUUGUGCACUUUUUAGAUGGGUAAAAAGUAUUGAAUUAGCGGCUGUCAUCGCGACCGUCAUCUCUUCGGCGAAAUAAAUUUUUGAAGUGAAAACUUCUUUUGGGGACGUUGUGCACUUUUUAGAUAGGGAAAAAGUAUUUAAUUAGAGAUCGUCAUCGCUUCGGCGAAAUAAAUUUUUGAAGUGAAAACUUCUUUAGGGACGUUGUGCACUUUCUGGAUGUGGAAAAAUUAUUAAAUUAGCGACCGUCAUCACUUCGACGAAAUACAUUUAUGAAGUGAAAACUUCUUUAGGGACGUUGUGCACUUUUGGGAUGGUAAAAGUAAUAAAUUAGCGACCGUCAUCUCUUCGACGAAAUAAAUAUUUGUAGUGAAAACUUCUUUUGGGACGUUGUGCAUUUUUUGGAUGGAAAAAAGUAUAAAGUUAGCGACCGUCAUCGCGACCAUCAUCGCUUCGAUGAAAUUGAUUUUUAAAGUGAAAACUUCUUGAGGGACGUUGUGCACUUUUUGGAUGGGGAAAAAGUAUUAAAUUAGCCACCUUCAUCGCUUCGACGAAAUAAAUUUUUGAAGUGAAAAUUUAUUUAGGGACGUUGUGCACUUUUUGGAUGGGAAAAAUUAUUAAAUUAGCCACCGUCAUCGCGACCAUCAUCGCUUUGACGAAAUAAAUUUUUGAAGUGAAACCUCCUUGAGGGACGUUGUUCACUUUUUGGAUGGAGAAAAGGUAUUAAAUUAGCAACCGUCAUCGCUUCGACGAAAUAAAUUUUUGAAUUGAAAAUUUAUUUAGGGACGUUGUGCACUUUUUGGAUGGGAAAAAGUAUUAAAUUAGCGACUCUCAUCGUGACCAUCAUCGCUUCGACGAAAUAAAUAUUUGAAGUGAAAACUUCUUGAGGGACGCUGUGCACAUUUUGGAUGGGGAAAAAGUAUUAAAUUAGGGAACGUCAUCGCUUCGACGAAAUAAAUUUUUGAAUUGAAAAUUUCUUUAUGUACGUUGUGCACUACUUGGAUGGGGAAAAAGUAUUGAAUUUGCGACCGUCAUCACUUCGUUGAAAUAAAUUUUGUACGUAUAUAAAUUAUGUGUAUGUAUACACAAAUAGCAUAGGGCAUACGCAUCACGUAUAUGGCAUCACUUCUUUUUGGAUGGGAAAAAAAGCAUUAAGCUCGUAAUUUAUUUACUAUAAGAAGUUUUCACUUCUGUCGGCACUCCCAUGAGUGCCUUCAAUUUUUUUUAUUAAUAUGUAUACGAGUUGAGGUGUUAUGAAUAGGGUCGUAUCCAACUUGGAUUUAUUAAUCGUUAGACAGUUAGAAUUAAACAAAUUUAUUCAUUGCGUUGACCAACUAUCCUUUUUUAAACAAUGUUUAUAUUAUAUAUUGGGCCACUGGUGGUGUUACUGAUAAAGCAACUAAUGGAGCCAUCAAAUUAAAAAACAAAUAAUAAUAAUAGUUAUUAUUAUUAUCCGCCCCGCUACUACAUAGAUCAAGUUAAAGUAAAGUAUCAAGUAAAAUAUAAUCUAGAGUUCUAGAGUAUUAUUAAUACCAAAUAAUACUAACAAUUAUGUUAUAAAAUAUCGCAUAUAGUUAGAACAUAUCAAAUAAAGCAAGAAAUAUUAAAGCAAUGAUUUUAACCCAUUUCUAGCGCGUCCAAUCAAAAUUUUGCCUCCACGAGACCAGUAGUAGAGUCUUGGUCUUGAGAGCGGGCAAUUUUGUUCUCAACUCGUUUAACAACACAAUUAUAUAACAAAGUAAAUCCAGGGGACAUGUGAUUCCCGGAGUAGGGCAUUCUCAUGUCCGAAGAUCAAAGAGGUCACGCCUGGUGGAGACCUGGCGGAGACGAUACCUCCCGACCCCAAUCGCAGAUAUAACGUUGGGAAUACUUUACUCGUUUUUAAUCUUGGAUACCGUAGGAAAUGAGGCAUCGGAGAGGCCUUUCUGAGGUGAUGCCGCUUUAGUAGGGGUAGCGUUAUUCACCUUUACCUUGACCAGCGUGCACAUUGAACACGUCAUUUUCAUUUAAUCGAAUACAAAGUACAAUACCGCUUGUAGUUUUUUAUUAAAUGAAUUAAGUGGGUUUCUUUUGUAUAACUAGUUUGAUGUUAUUUAGCAAUUCGUUAAAAGACUUCUUAAUAUUGAGAUCUGUCCAAUCAUGAAUGUUCUUUAACAAGGAAUACUGCAGGUCCUCUGCGGCCCUCCAUCUGCCUUUCUAUGAUUACUUUUGGGAGCUCAUAUCUCUGGUGUCUAGAUAUAUGUUCGAAUUAUACGGUAUUAAUGGUAAUGGAAUUAAUGGUAACUGAUAACAGUUCUCUGUUUUGUCCCAUUCUUCUCAAAACUUCUAAGAUCUUGAGAUUUAAGAUUAUGUGAUCCACCCGUGAUAUUCUAAGCAGUGGCGGCCGGUCAGGGUCGGCAGUGCCGACCCACACAUUUAUUAUAUAUAGAUUUUUUAAUAUUUGUAUCUGUGAAGUAAAAAAAAUCUGUCGGAUAAUACAGACUAAAUUUUAUUCAUGGUUUUUAAAAGAAUUUGAUCAAUCCGAGCGUUAAAGUGAUCCCUGCGCAUAACAGACUUCUCAAAAAAUGAAUGAUCCGAGCCAUUCAUCUGACUUUUCGGCUAGCCGUACCCAACUCAUCCGUAACUUGACGAUUUACACGUAAAACUCAACGAAAUAACAAGUCGAUGAGGAAGCGAACAUACAUUCUCUCCGUAGGCUUUAAGCGGCAGGCACGGCAUAUUUAAAUCUGCCGGUCGGUGUUUCGUUUGGAGUUUAGAAGCAUCGGCAGAAAUUGUCAAAAAUAUUCACGUCGUUUUACGUCGUUUAAUUGAUAUUGUAAUUUUUUUAAGUUGUCAGGAAUGAUCAUUUAGUGGACAUGAUGGAUCGAAGCAUUUUGUUAAAAAUCAAAGUAAUUAUAGAGAAUUAAUAAAAUUACACUUUCUGAGACACUUUCUGAUUCGAAGUGUAUUCGUAAUACAGAAUGAACUAAUACUUAUAAUCAAAUAGUUACAUUUUGAAAAACGUUAUUUAAUCUGAGAUUUAGAAAACCAUUAUUUGCUUUUCGCUGGAAGUAGAUGAAACUUCUGAUUAUCAUGUCAUUCACAAUUAUCAAUUAUUGUUGUUCGAUACGCGUUACGUGGUAAUAUUUAUGAGAGGUUUUUAGGUUUUAGAGACGUGAGUAAAAGCAAUAAGGCAGAAUAUAUUUUUGGUGUUUUAAAGAACAGAUUAAAAUUUUUUGAUAUCAAAAAUAAAUUGGUAGGACAAACUGGGGCAAUCUUAUGACGGCGUUGCUGUGAUGUGUGGUGAAUUGAAUGGUCUCCAGGCAAAAGUUAAAACUAUUGCAUCACAAGCUUUAUUUACUCACUAUUAUGCGCAUAUAAUGAAUUUAGUUUUGCAUGAUACGUGUAAAAAAAUAAAGAAUAUCGUCUUUUCUUGCCAGUUUAGCUCACCUAAACGGAUUAUAGAUACUCGUUUUUCGAAUUUUGAAGAUUUGCAAAUUUUUGACCUCUUUGACGAUUCAAAAUUUAAAAGUUACCUUCGCCAAAGAAUUUCCAAGAUAUUUAUUAUUACAAGUUAGGUACUUAAAAAUUAUGCCGAUCCAAAUAUUUUCAGAAAGUGGGAUAAGUUACAAAAUAUGUAUGUAUAAUUCUAUGUAGUAAGUACUGCAAUUCAUUACAACAAACUGUUCAUCAAUUUUCUUAUUACCACUACCACCAAUUUCUGCCUCAAGCCUCAAAUAAACGGGAUUUAUCUUGUUUCAAAAGAAUCAACACGUAUUGUCGAAACACCAUGAAACAAGAGAGAAUGUCAAGUACAUCAAAUAAAAAAAAACAAAAAACAACAAAAUCUCCUAUGAUGAUUUAAGCCUUUUAGUUUGAUGGUAUACCUAUAUGAGGAGACAAAAAACCUUGCCGACCCUGUCUACAAGGCCACGAGCCGCCACUGAUUCUAAGCAUACGUCGAUAUAUUUCCAUUUCAAAGAACUCGACGCAGGUCCAAGCUUUUACUCUAUAUAACAAGAGCACCUACACGUAGGUAUUAUUUGACAAAUCUAAGCUUGGUUAUUAUUCUCGGGCUUUUCAGUUUCUGGGUGCGAGAAGUCUUCAUUUUAAAGAAAUUUAAUCUUGUGAUUUCUAUCCCUGUUCUUAGUUCAAGGUCUGGGUCUAGAUUGCCUGUUAUCCAAGUAUUUGAAAUUUGUUACUUAUUCUAAUGACCUCUCGCAGAUAGUUUUGUUUGUCUGCAAGUUUCGGCCUAUCUUAAUUGUAGUAGAACUAAUGGGUCGAAAUCAUCGCCUUGUUUGGUUAGUUUAUUUAACAGAAGUUAGAAGUUGGAGAUCUGCACUAUCUUCUAACAUCGAUCUAUCAAACACAAUCGAAAGUUAAAGUACUCACAAAAAUCGUAGCAAUGAAUGGGAAGGUUAUUUAUGGAAAAAAGAGUGAGCUUACAAAUUUAGCAAUAAGAUUAGUGUUGUACUCUGUCUCACAUAUCAAAACAAUUUUUAUCUUAAUAAGUAGUAAGCAAUAAAGCAUCUGGUAAAAUGGUAUUGAGACGUGUCGCUACAGAAUUUGUCCUCUCCUCUUUAAUAAUUUAUCAAAAUAGCACUGAAUUUAUAAAUGCCAUAAAAAGACAAAUUUUAAGCGAAAAUUUAUUCAUCCUAAUUCUAGGAUCUAACAACUAGUUGCAUUAAAGCUUAAUUAUCCAGACAAAAAAUACGUAUAGAUAUUUGUCUUUGCAUUAGUAGGUUACCUUUGUAGAAUCCUACAUAUAAGUGAAUGCCGUGUAGCUCAAACUUUGCUCUUGCUCACUUAUGAUCCCGUUAACCUUAUUGACAACGAUUUUUAUUGUUUUUGUCAAUAAAAUAGAAGCAUGUAUAUUCUGGCAUGAUUCCAAUGCGAGGAAAAUUUUAGUGCCUUAGCUUUAUUUUCCCUUAUACUUAUCGUGUUAAAAAAAUUUAUUUGAUGAGAAUUUGAUGAGUUGCGAAUACAAAUAGGAUGGUGACUUUGAAUGGUGAAAUGAUUGUAAAAAAUAAUGGAUAUAUAUUAUAUUAAGGAUUGGAAUUACAUAGCAAUGGAAAAAUGUAUAUUAUGAUGCAUGCAGAAAUGUUAGGAAUGGAAUGGAUAAAGUAGAUGGAGUCGAAUGGUGUCGUGUAACUAAAAAAUUGCAAAUAAACUGACAAGCACAUGAUUUAAUGCCCAUAUAAAACAAGCUGUAACGUAUGGAACUAAGUGCUGACCAGUUAAAAGCAAAACAAAACAACGAAUAAAAAAAGGAUAAAAUGACGAACAAAUUUAUUAAAGUGUAGUCUCGUUGUAACAGCAAUUGAUGCUAAAAUAAGAUAGCAUAAGUUGAGUCCACAAACUUCAAGUGGCUCAGAAAGCUAUGGAACCGAGAUUGCUCAAGACUAAGCUCAGUGAUCGUAAAUCCAAUGAAGAAAUAAUAAGACGAUCAAAAUGAUCAGAUGUGAUCCAAAAAAUUGCCAUGUUAAAAUAAAAUUGGACAGGACACCUAGGAAGAACGUUGCACAAUACAUAUGAAGGGAAUUAAUACUUGUAUGUUUUAUUGUAGAAAGGGGAGAAAUGUAAUAAGGCAAGCCGACCAUGGAUAGAGAUAAUGCAAACAUAAUGAUAAUUGUGAUCUAGAAUCAGUUGUCCAUCCUUUGGAUAUUAUUUUCUAUUUCUGUUUUGUUAGUUAAAAAUAUGCAACACAAUGACUUCUUGCAUUGAUAUGCAACUCUAUAAAAAAGCGUUUUUCUUGUCAAAUGUCAAAGUGAUUCCGUUUGUAGCAAUCCUGUGGGCUAAAUCGAAACUAUUCAGCUUGCGCUCGUACAUACGCAUCCAGCUGAAAUACAGGCUGUUUGGUUUUAAAUUAAAUAUACACCCUAUACUUGGCAACAGCGCGCUGUCGAGUACGAAAGAGAUUUACGCCGAUUCAUGCUGAUUCGCGCCGAUUCAUACUGAUUCGCGCCGAUUCAUGCUGAUUCGCGCCGAUUCUAAACACUCCGUCCUCCUCCGCCAUUUACAUCCUCAUCACCGACGAUAGACCAUUCCCAGGUGACGUCAUUUGACAGCCGCUGAAGGGCAAACAUCAUUUGUUAAACAAAGUAGGUACAUUUAAUGCAGAAAACCAUUGUUUAAUUUAAGAAUAUCGUUAAAACGGCAGCGUUUUGUUCACUUUUAAAUUGUUUCGGGACACGUGAAGGAGAUAAAGUGAGUUUUUUAGAAUAUUUGCCGUAUUUAAAGAUCGAGGUAUUUUCGAGAUCAAAAGAACGACGAGAAUUGUAAGUUAAGAAUACCGAUGUUCUAAUUUUACUGGGUUUUUCCAUCCCCUGUGAGAGUGUCAUAAUAUCCAAUAUUUGACAUUUUUGCAGUUAAAACCAAAACGAGGACAAAACAAAAAGUGCACUGAAAACACAAUGUUUGCCCCUCAGUGACGCUGUCAAAUUCACGUGACCUGGAAUGGUCUAUAGAGGAAUAAGCAAUGUUGCCGAUUUUAGCGCUUCGUUCAGUGAGCUAUAUCUAAUCGAAAUCUAAAUGUAUCUCAUAAAUUAACUAUUGUAUCCAAUAAUCUGCCGGUCAAUUUUUUGAAGCAAUGUUAAUAAAUUCAUUUUAUAGAAAAAACAUUUUUAUGGGUACUAACUAUGAGUCUUUUGUAUAAAAUGUAUAAAGUAGUAUAUAAAAGAUAUAUCUCGGAGUGUAAUGUAUCACGUACCCAUAAGAAUCACAAUCAUUUUUUUAUACAGGGUGUUUGGUAAAGAAUGGGCCAUAGCUGAACCUUAGAUUCCUGAGCUUAAAAUAGGUCGAUUUAAGCUAAGUUACCUUAGUACGAAAGUUGAUAAUAACUAAAAUAAAGGGUGUCAAAGUUAAACUUUUAUUUUAUUUAUUCUUGAAUAUUUCCUGACACGCAUGAGCUAAUAACACGAAAUUUGGAAAACGGGGUUUUUUGGGACGAGAAAUCUAAAUUCGCCACCAAGAAUGAUGUAUUACCCAAAGGGCGCCACAUACGUCUUUCAGCGCUCAUUUAAUACGUUCAAUUUUUUUAUCCCCCACUCUACAUACUUUCUGAAUCAAAAUUUUUUAAUUUCUCUUAAUAUUUUCACUUAAAAAAGGUACACUACAUUUAUCUCGCUAAAAUUAACUGUUUUCGAAAUAAACGCAUUUUAAAUCUGCGAUGCAACAUAAUAUCUUAGUUACACCCAAAAAAUAAACUUAAAGCCAUAAUAAUUUCCAAAAAUGUACCACAAAUUUCUUCUAAUGGAAUCUGUGAUGCAAUAACAUAAAUAUGAGAACUUGCACAAUUAUUAUGGUUUUAAGUUUAUUUUUAGGGUGUAUGAUGAUAUGCAAAAAAUUAUGUUGCAUCUCAGAUUUAAAACGCGUUUAUUACGAAAACGGUUAAGUUUAGCGAGAUGAAUGUAGUAUACCUUUUUUAAGUAAAAAUAUUAAGAGAAUAAAAAUUUUGAUUCAAAAAGUAUGCAGAGUGGGGGAUAAAAAAAUUGAUAUUAUUAACUGAGCGCUGAAAGACGUAUGUGGCGCCAUCUGGAUAAUACAUCAUUUUUAGUGGCGAAUUUAGAUUUCUCGUCCCAAAAAACUCCCGCUUGCCAAAUUUUGUGUUGUUAGCUCAUGCCUGUCAGGAAAUAUUCAAGAAUAAAUA